CGCCGCGCCGUCUUGUUUUUCCUCAAUAGUCACGACUUCCAAAGUUCCAUUUCCAUUAGUCAGUUCCAGUGGGACGGUUUGUUAAAUUUUAAAAGUGAAAGUUCGUCUUCUUCAAAUCCGUUCUUCCGUCAAAAUGGUAAAACUGCCUGAAAGAUGGGAGAAUUAUUCUGCAAUGGGCAGUCGAAUUCCUGGGACAAGGAUUAUUGCAUUCAAAGUCCCAUUGAAAGAGCAUGUAGUGCAGAACCUGCCGCCCGAGGAAAGGUUUACCAUUCCGAUUCUCCUGGAGAAAGUUUCCAACUUGGGGCUAAUUGUGGAUUUGACAAUGACGGUCAAAUACUACUCUCAUAAUGAAGUGGUUAAGAAGGGUGUCAGCUACGCUAAAAUUCGUUGUCCCGGUCAGCAACUGCCGAAUGAUUCUCUUGUUUACAGGUUUUUCGACAUUGUUGACACAUAUUUAGAAGAUCACAAAAACGACAACACGCUGAUUGGUGUACACUGUACUCACGGAGUUAAUAGAACUGGUUACUUGAUUUGCAGGUACUUAAUGCAAAGACUAGGCUACUCCAGCAAUGAUGCUUUAAAACUGGUUGAGCAUGCGAGAGGUCAUGGAAUCGAACGCAUUCCUUAUAUAAAACACCUGCAUAGCCUGACUCCGGGCCGUCAUUCUUACUUGUUCAGAAGGUCUAAGGACAUAAUCCAACCGUGGCUACCGAUAAGAGGAGGAGAUGUAGACUGGAGGGAAAAUAAAGAAACGGUAGGAAAAGGUAAGGAAUCAUUAAACUUCCAUCGAGGUAAGAUGGGGGUAAGAGGUGGUGAUGACAUCGUGAAGGAAAAGGGCAGAGGACGAGAAAGGGAUAGGCCUUCGACUUCGCAGAAUAUCAGUGUGGCCCAAGAAUAUCAAGAUUCCUGGGGUCCUCCGAGCGAUAAUUUUUUACCCGGAAGAAAACAAACCAGGACUGAAUCCGGCAUGGAUGAUAAUUUUUAUGGAAGGGGAUCUGAAAAAAGGAGAAUGGAUUUCCUGGUUGAAAGCGGAAGAGUUAAGGAAGACGAUAGUAGGUUCGCAAAACACCACGAACGUUAUGCUUCAACUUCAUAUUAUCAUAAUACUAUGGAAAAGAAAACAUUUUCAGAAUAUAACGAUCCAACCUCGACUAAACCGUAUUACAAAAUUCCGACAUACGGCCCCAAUCCAAAUUUUGGGAAGCUUGACGAAAUCGAAUUGGACAGGCCGCAUCAGUUUUCGGCAAAGGAUCAUUCAUCUUUCAGGCAAUCUGGGAAACGUCACCCAGACACGGGAUAUACCAGGAAUAAGAAAAGCGAGGAAUACAACUUUUCCGGGCGACAGGAUUCUGAUUUCAGAGGAAAAUUUGAUGCGAAUUUUUCGCGGGGUAGUUGGGAUGACAGAGAAGCUCAUGGCUCUAGAUCCUCCCACUACGGCUAUAAAGAGAGAGAGAUUCUUCCUAAAGACCGUGUAACAAUAGACGUUACAGAACGAAAGCUUCUCGGCGAAGAACUAAACGAACACGAUCGUCAUUGGGUGUCUAACAAAUACAGCAAGGCUAUGGAUAAUAGGAGACUGAUGAUGCCUUCGUUCGAUAGAUACGACGGUAAACCGCGCCCUGAGCAGGGAGGGAAGAGAGACACAUCUUGGGAAAGGGAAGACAAAAUUAUGCCCAGAGAGGCGAGAGAUUACGGCCAAAGAGAAGAGCGAUUCGUCGACGAACACAGCUACGGUCCCGUUUACAAGAGAAGGAAUAUAGGAAGGAGAUUUUCAGAAGAAGAUAGGAAUCGGGACCCCGUGUAUGUCGCAGAACAUCCGAAUCAUUAUGACCGCCCACCCUUUUCCGAUGGCGACUACAGCCGUAAUGAGAGAUAUGACGACUAUGAUCACCGAAGCGGGAGAGGAGAACGAAUCGGUGGCCAGGCACGUGAAAGCCCUUUCACGGCGGACAAGUUUAAAGGACACAGUUCAUACCAUGGCAGUAUCAAUUACCUUGAUAAGGAUGUCCACCCUCGGGAUGCACAUAAGAUAGACGCAUAUGGAUAUUCGCCAGAUUUAGCCCGACAGCCACAUCAUCCGGGCAUUCAGCCCGCCCCUUACAGUGGUGUGCGUUCGAAUCGAAGUGAUUCGUUGGAACACCACCGUCCUAGUGUGGUUCGAGAGCAAGAACGCUUGAGGGGUUUAGAUCAGGAAUACGGGAACUUCGACUUUCCGACGGGGAUACAGGCAGAAGUCUAUCCACCCGUGGUCGUCGAUCGCGGAAUAAACAAAACUCCGAGCGUUUGCAGGUCGCUUUCCCCUUUGCCUAGAGCGAAUCCUGCGAGAAUCUCCAGAGACAAGUCGCCGGAAGAUCUGAGGGAAGAAAUACGCCGGACGAGAGCCAGGCCUUCAACAGGCGAAAUUCAUCAUUGGGAAAGAGGGAGGCGGGAUUCGCGCACACCCUCCCGUCAUCAUCGAGCCCUCGUUUCGGCGGAAGCGCUGGACUGCAGAGAGCUCAUCAAUCAAAAGCGAUCGAUCAACUACGACGAGAGGGAUGAAGCCGAUGCGAUGGAUGAAAAAUGGGGUCGUCCGCCCCAUUGGGACGGCCCGCCGCGAGACGUCCAGAAAGUGAGCGACAAACUGCCAUUUAGCAAACAACGUUUGGACAUGCCUCAUGAAAAUCUGGGAAGAAAACCAAUACAGCGCAAUAAGGUUUUCAAUAGAUUAGACAGGUCCAGAAGACCCUGGCGUCGCUAAUUUUUUAAAUUGUUCAUUUUUAAACCGAAAUCAUUAUUUGACUGAUUAUCUUUGUGUGACAUUCGAUUUAUUCUUAAAUAUAAGGCACUUUUGCCUUCUACUAGAAAAAUUGCACUCAUUUUUUAAUUAUUUCCCUCGAUAAAUUCCAACAUUAUUGGUUCUUACCAAUUUUGCAAGUUUAAAAAAUAUAGUUUUAUUGUUUCUCAGUAGUAUUUGUUUUAAAAAAAGAAAAAAUAUAGGCCAUGAAGUCAAAUUCGAGAAACGAUACACCAUUAUAUUUGUAGAUGUGUCUAAGGAUUAUAGACAAUUUGAAUUAAACAGGACCUUUUAA